AUGGACUGGUCAAAAGUAUCGGACACGAUUCGAAAAGGUAUCAUUGACGUUAUGCCGUAUAACGGUACUGAAGACCUCCUAAUGCUAGGCAACGUGUGUGCAUUGUCAGGUUCCUGUAUUUGGUUGCUAGUGGCAACGUUCUUUAGUAUGCCAGUUUCCGGUACGCACAGCAUUGUGGGGGCUACUAUGGGGUUCGCCCUUGUGGCGCACGGCGCCGCGGGAGUCAACUGGAAGAAAAUUGGAAUGAUAAUCGCCUCUUGGUUUGUGUCCCCCAUAUUGUCGGGCCUGGUGUCAGUGGGAGUGUUCUUCUUCGUCUAUUACUUCAUACUGUCCAAGCCAGACCCGCUGUUAUGGGGGAUGCGAUUUCUUCCCCUUUUCUACGGCGCCACCCUCACCAUCAACCUGUUCUCCGUGUUCUACGAGGGUCCGCAGAUGCUCUACUUCCAUCUGAUCCCGAUAUGGGGGACGUUCUCGGCAGCGUUCGGGGGUGGACUGGUCUGCGCUCUCCUGGUCUGGCUGUUUCUCGUCCCUUGGCAACGGAGACGGAUAAUAGCACAGUGCGCGAAAGAACGGAAUGGUGAAACGGAGGACGAAGAAAAUCAGAUUGAGAGCGACUGUUCUAACGACCCAAAAACCGUGGUCAGUGAAGACGAUAAGGAAGCGGUGACCAAGGAGAAGCAGGCAACGGAAGUAGAACUGAAACAAAGAAUUGGAAGCGCCAGUAGCAGUGACUCUGGAGAACGGAAUGAUUUUAGUAGAGAGGACUCUUUGCCACAUUCGCCUUCCGUGAAACCCCUGCUGGGCCUCAACUUCAAGAAAGACAAAGAUGUUGACAAUGAGUCUGUCCACUCGCACAAAUCCUACAGAAGGAGCUUGCAGUAUGAACAACUUAGUAUCGACGAGGAGAAGGAGAGCGCCAGGAAAGAGGAAGGACGGGAAAACAUCCAAGAUUCACCGGAAGCCGCAAAGCUGUUUUACGCACUCCAGAUUCUAACGGCAGUGUUUGGGUCUUUUGCGCAUGGCGGAAAUGACGUCAGCAACGCUAUAGGACCAGUGGUCGCCCUGUGGAUAAUUGGUAUAGAGGGAGAAGUUCACCAAAAGAUGGCGACACCGAUAUGGAUCCUGUUCUAUGGCGGCUUAGGGAUCUCACUGGGGUUGUGGGUAUGGGGAAGACGUGUUAUUAAGACGCUCGGGGACGACUUAACGAAGAUCACACCGUCUAGUGGCUUCUGCAUCGAGAUAGCCUCAGCGCUGACCGUGCUGGUCGCCUCCAACAUCGGCAUCCCCAUCAGUACCACCCACUGCAAGGUCGGAUCCAUCGUCGGCGUCGGCCGUUUCCGGUCUCGCGAGAACGUGGACUGGAAGCUGUUCCGGAACAUUUUCUUCGCCUGGAUUGUCACGGUCCCCGUGAGUGGUGCAAUCAGCGCCGCAAUGUUUGCUGGGCUUCGGUUGGCGCUUUGAUAACUUUCUGCAUCAUUGCGCUUCUAGAGAUAAACGAA